GUCAGAUGAAGAAGGACCCGUGAAAGCUCUAAAAACACAACGCGGGCUAAUGUAAACUUCAAAAACAGUCUAUUCAUAACCAAAGUUUCUUUGUAAAUAAAAGUAUAACAGGGGAAUUCCGACACAUAUGUGGAAUUAACGCUCUGUCGAUGCUGUCUCACCACAGAAGAGUGAAGUUCUCCUUCUGAGCUGGUAAAAACUAGCUGGCUAACAUAGCAAGCUAACAGCUAAAGCUGCUACAGCUGCGCAGUUUCGUUUCAUAAAAAACUCAGAAAACUCCCACACUGACUGAACAGCCAAGUCUGUUUACUUCACCCGUGUUUUACUACUAAAACAUAUUUUGGAGAGUGGUAUGGGCCGACUUUACCAAACUUUGAUAGCUGACUGCUGCUAGCUACAACAAAGCCUAGAGCCAUAAUGAAGAGAAGAGCUGAAGCAACGUCAGCACCACUGCAGGGGACAAAGAGGCGUCGUGAUGACAGCAGCUCAGGUGAAGAGUCACAAUUAUCCAGACAAGACUCUAGCCAAAAUGACUCCCUCAGUGACCAGGAAGAUCACAGACCAGGGAUCUCCAUGCCCUCCAUAUCAUCAUAUGAUCCCCAAGACACAGAUGCCCCCACACAGACAUCCUCCAACUUCUCUAUGUACAACAGUGUGUCACAGAAGCUCAUGGCCAAGAUGGGUUUCCGUGAGGGCGAGGGUCUGGGGAAGUUUGGCCAAGGACGCAAGGAGAUUGUGGAGGCCUCUACCCAGCGAGGUAGAAGGGGUCUCGGCCUCACACUACAGGGCUUCCAGGGGGAGCUAAAUGUCGACUGGCGUGAUGAACCAGAGCCUAGUGCUGUAGAGAAGGUAGACUGGUUUCCAGAAUGCACCACAGAAACCCCAGAUGCUGAUGAGCUGAGGGACUGGAUGAUUCUGGGACAGAGAAAACUAAAGAUUGAGGAUGAGACAGAGUUUUGCACUGAAGAUCUCCUGCACACUCUUCUAAGGUGCAAGACAGUAUUUGAUAGUCUGGAGGGCGAGGAAAUGAGGAGAGCUCGGACACGCUCCAACCCUUAUGAGACAAUCAGGGGAGGUAUCUUUCUAAACAGAGCAGCUAUGAAAAUGGCCAACAUCGACAGCUGCUUCGACCAUAUGUUCACCAACCCAAAGGAUUCACAAGGGAAACCUCUGACAAAGGACCGAGGGGGUGAGCUUCUGUACUUCGGUGAUGUCUGUGCGGGGCCUGGAGGCUUUUCAGAGUACAUACUGUGGAAGAGACGCUGGCAUGCCAAGGGGUUUGGCAUGACACUGAAGGGGCCCUGUGAUUUCAAACUGGAGGAUUUCUAUGCAGCGCCGAGUGAGCUGUUUGAGCCUUACUAUGGUGAGGGAGGGGUGGAUGGAGAUGGUGACAUCACUCGCCCAGAAAACGUGACUGCCUUUCGAAACUUUGUCCUGGAGAGCACAGAGAGAAGAGGGCUUCACUUCCUCAUGGCAGAUGGGGGUUUCUCUGUGGAAGGCCAGGAAAACAUCCAGGAGAUCCUGAGUAAACAGCUGCUGCUCUGUCAGUUCCUCACUGCCCUCUCUACACUCAGGACAGGUGGCCACUUUGUCUGUAAGACGUUUGACCUCUUCACUCCUUUCAGUGUGGGUUUGGUCUACCUGGUCUACCUCUGCUUCGACAGGAUCUCUCUCUUCAAACCUGUCACCAGCAGGCCUGCCAACUCUGAGAGGUACAUAGCGUGCCGCGGUCUGAAGCCCGGUUCAGAUGCUGUCAGGGAAUACAUGUUCAAAGUCAACCUAAAACUGAACCAGCUGAGGAACACAGAUACUGAUGUUACAGAUGUGGUUCCCCUGAGCAUCAUCAAAGAAGACACUGAUUUCUAUCAGUUUAUGGUCAACUCCAAUGAGAGACUCUGUGCAGUCCAGAUCAAGGCCUUAGCCAAGAUCCACGCUUUCGUCGUAGACCCGACGCUUUCGGAGCCGAGGCAAGCCAACAUCAGGAAGGAGUGUCUAAAGCUCUGGGGGGUCCCAGACAAGGCCAGGGUCACUCCUGCUUCCUCAGACCCAAAGUCAAAAUUCUAUGAACUGAUCAAGAAUUCAGAUGUGGAGUCGUUCCAGUGCAAGCUCACGCCUCUCAACUCCAGCACACUGGAGAAAUUGCGUCAUAUCCUGGACCACAGGUGCAUUGUGGGAGGUGGAGAGCAGAUCUUUCUUCUAGCACUAGGGAAGUCUCAGAAAUACACGUGGGAUGGGAAGAUGCCUGUGCGCUGGAGGAAACUGGAGAAUUUCAAGCUAGAGCUGCCAAGAGAUACACUUCUAAGCGUGGAGAUUGUCCAAGAGCUGAAGGGCGAGGGAAAAGCUCAGCGUAGAAUCAACGCAGUUCAUGUAAUGGAUGCGCUAAUACUCAACGGAACCGAUGUAAGAGAUCAGCACUUCAACCAACGGAUCCAGAUGGCUGAGAAGUUUGUGAAGGCUGUGGCCAAACCAAGCAGACCAGACAUGAACCCUAUCAGAGUGAAGGAGGUGUACAGGUUGGAGGAAAUGGAGAAAAUCUUUGUCAGACUAGAGAUGAAGGUAACAAAGAGUUCAGGAGGCGUCCCUCGUCUGUCCUACACCGGCAGAGAUGACCGACACUUCCUUCCCACAGGCCUCUACAUCAUUAAGACUGUCAAUGAGCCGUGGACGAUGGCGUACAGUAAGAACUCCAAGAUGAAGUUCUUCUUUAAUAAGAUAACCAAGGCCUCCACCUAUGAAAUGCCACCAAACUCUGCUGCUCCCUUCCAUGUCUGCCACUCUGAUCGUCUCUUCUGGGCCUGGGUGGACGGGGUCAUAGUUCAUGAUUCUCAGACCCGGAUGGAUCCUGAGAAACUAUCCAAAGAUGAUGUUUUGUCCUUCAUCCACCAGAACUACCAGCCCUGAAACACUCACAGAGCCCAGAGCUUCAGCAGCUACAACCUGAAUAUACAAUGCACUAAAUUAUGGAGGAUACGGAGCCACAGUAAAUGUUAUAAUGCAGUUUAUUAAUUAAUAUUGAUUUUGACAAUGAAAGAAGGAUUAUCAAAAAUUCUUAACAGUUGAUUGAGAUGAUGUGUUUAUGAGUCCCUCUUUUUAUUGUCCUAUUAAUAUCAGUUAAUAAACUGCUGUUUGACUGUUUUCAAGGUCCUCUAGUUCCUCUGUAUUAUGUUGGUUAGAGAAAUUACCAGGUUGUAACUGGAGUUCUGGAGCCUUAAGUGAUGAAUUGUUUGCAGCUAUUUCUAGCGGUGACAUCUGGACUCCUUGAGAGCAAUGGACAUUUGACAAACCACUCUGUCUUUCUGCCUUCUCCACUGCCCUUGACUCUGUGAAUUGUAAUGAGUAAGACUCACCUCAUGGGACAAUAUGAAGACAAAAAGCUGCUGUCAUUGUCUCUACAUUGACUUGCAUGUUCCUGUAGAUCCAGUUUUUAUGGUUCCUAGUCCAUGUCAUACUUUUGUGUGUUCGCAUACAUCACAUUAACGACUAGAAUGCCACUCGGUAGCGUUCAUAUCUCCGCCAAAGCCAAAUAUUGACGGAAAUGUAGAAAAAUGUCUCGCAAUGUUAAGGAAAGUGGUAAAAAAAAAAAAAUCCUGGAUCUGCCCCUUUAAUCGUAUCCGCACCAAAUGUUAAUGGGUUCUUCUCUGGCCCAUGCACCAUCCCUCCACCAAGUUAAGUGCAAGUUGGAUCAGUUCUUUUUGCGUAAUCCUGCUGACAACAAACAAACCAAUAAACAACAUAGGUGAAAGCCCAACAUCCUUGGCGGAGGUAAUGAAAGAUAGGGUUACAAAUGUUAAACUAUGCAUCCAUAUCCAUAAACAGUCUUGCUUGCCUUGCUCUACAUCUGCUUUAAACACAACUGCUCUUCUUUUUGUCUCUGUAGAGAAGCAUUCGUUUGCCCAGUUUUACACUCAACAGGCUCCUUGUUGUUGCUCCUGAAAAUCGUAGCUGAAGCCUAAAUACAAUACAACAAAAACACAUCUUAUCAGUUACAGAUGAAGCAGCUUCCUCCAACUCAUACCUGAUGUUUCAUGGAGUGUGUGUUAAAAAUCUGGAAGGUGUCCUGUUAGUUUUUAGGUUUUUUCUCCCCUGACACCUCUUUGUGAUUGUGCCUAAUAUUGCUUGGACUGUGUGUUUCUCAAAUGCUGCAAAUGACUUAUUUUUCUUUUGUAAAGUUAGCUAUUGAUCCUUUGAUGUAAAUAAUAAUAUAGUAAAUAAAUGGGAGAUGCUCAUCCCAGAACGUACUCUCAACUGCCUGGUGAAAUUGGAUCUAGACUAUUGUCUGAUGAAGGAUCACCACAGCUGGAUUAACCUGUUUGGAAGUCCCUGUUGCCUUCAAGUUCCCAUCGAGUACAGUUCACACAGCACACAAUAGAUGGCAGCUUCAGCUCUAGAAACCAACCCCUACUGCUGUAUUGGAGUAAUACCUGCCCCAGGUUUUCUGUAUGUCAUUUUGCAGAUAUUUGAUUAUAAUACAACCCUAUUUAUGAAAAUGCACCAUGUGAGCACAGGUAAAACUAGACAUUGAGCUCAGUAGAGCGCAGACCUCCACCGAGUCCAAUUUCAAACAAUGUGCGCCAUACUUCAGAGAAAAAAAAAUUCAAAUUCAUAGCAAAUUAGGUGAAUCUGCCCCAAAAUUUAAUGGGUUCUUCCCUGGCCCAUUCCCCAAACCGCGAGCAAGUUCAGUGCAAAUCGGUUCAGUAGUUUUUGUGUAAUCCUGCUGACACACAAACAAAAAGAAAAAAACCGACAUACAGACACGGGCGACCACAUAACCUCCUGGGCGAAGGUAAUAAUGAAGUCCUAAUAAUUAAAGGUGUACAUAUUUAUAUGUUAACGCAGGACCUAGUAUUUAUUGUACUUCAGAGGUGUAAAUUCCUGAACAAAUCUGUAAAUAAUCUAAUUACCAAAAAGCAACUGACAGACACUGAACUUAGGGCUU